UCUGCAACUCUCUCUCUCUCUCUCUCUCUCUCUGAGUCAUCCCCAAAUGUAUUAGAAAAAACACCUUCAUUCCAUCUCCACUAACUUCUAGAAUCAUCAUCAUCCGUUCCAAUGGCUUCAUCCAACAAUCUGGCGAUGCUGGAACCAUGGAUGUUCAGAUCAAACACCGUCGCAGAUUCAUGGUACCCCGACUCUUUCGCCAGAGAAACUGAAUCCGCCCUAACCAAAGCCCUACAGCAAUCCUUUUUCCCCAACCACCCGGUGGUGAAGCAGAGUGAUACAGCCUCCGCCUCCAACGUCACCGCCAGUGGCUCCGCUUCUGAACCUGAAACCCCCGGAUCCAGGCGCCGCCUCGGCGUAACAAUCGCUAAACCGGUCAAGCGCAAGUCACGUGCUUCCAAGCGAUCUAUGACCACGUUUAUUCAAGCCGACCCCUCCAACUUCAGGCAGAUGGUGCAGCAGGUCACCGGAGUCAAGUUACAAGACUUGCCGGUUGUGAAACCGGAAUUCCUGAGACAGCCGUUUAUUAACAAGUUGCAAGGGCUGCUGCCAACGUUAGACACAUCUGCUUACUUGCUUCACCAUCAGAACAACAACAACAACAAUACACACCGGAUUCCGGUUUCCGUGAAUCAUUUGACGGAAGACGGAACUGGUUUUUACUCUUUCUCUAGCUUCCCUACUCUUGAAUCAUCCUUCUAACUGUUUCUGUUAUAUGGAAAUCCUUUUUUUUCAGAGAUGUAAUAUGCAAAUCCAGGACACCAUGCUUUAAAACUUGUACGUUAUGCAUUAGUGGUUGUGUAUUAGAUUGUACCGGUUUUUAUAAUCAAGAAAAUCUUUACUGACAUUUCAA